GAUAUUAAGGUUAGAAGGAAUCAAACCCAAGAAGACAGAGCUUUGACAAAAAAGGAAAAAGCAGAGACUCGUUUACAGGACUCAUUGCAAUGCAAUAUCUCUGCCCGUAUCCUGGUAAUUAUGUUCUGUACUCUCAGGUCAGGACUCUUAUUUCCUGUGCUGUGUUUGUUUCUGUAAAACGAAAAAGAAGAAAAGGAAACAAGAAAACUCUCUUUUUCGUUGGAGUUGAGUGUAUUCUACAAUCUACAUCAAAUUGCUCUUGAGACCAGAGAAUCUGUAUAAGCUCUCUCCUUAAAAAUGGAAGCCAAGGUGCCCAAAUUCUUCAAGGUGUUGCCUCCUGGUUUUGAAGCCAAACUGAGGCUUCCACCGAUUAUAUCAAGGAAGCUGGGCGAAAAGGAGGAACAAAAAGUUUUGUUGAUAACAGGAAAGGGAACCUCUCUGGUAACAAUCCAGAAGCUAGAAGAUGGGAGGCUAUGGUUCACCAACGGGUGGCAUGCUUUUGUCCUUAAACACGGUCUGGUUAUGGGAGACUAUCUCACUUUUAAACACAUGGGUAGUUCCAAUUUCAAAGUCACAGUUUAUACUGAGACCUGCUGUGAGAAGGUUUUCACUGAUGCGCCUGAGGCAGAAGUUAAGGGUGAAACACGAGAGGAAAAUGCCGGCCCAUUGGUGAAGCCUGAAGCUGAAGAAGUGCCUCCCCCGCCUCUUCCUCCUCCUCUUCCUCCUCCUCCUCCUACCCAACACCAUUUUGAUAUGAAUGAUGGUUCAAAUUCUAGGGUGGGACUCAAUGGAAGAAGGAUACCGGGAAAGCCCUACUUUUCCAAAAGCCAAAGGAAGGCUUUUCCUUCCCCGGCCAAUGCCCAAGAGCCUAGCAACAUUGCUUCUGUGAAAUUUGAAGAGGACAAUGAUAAAAUAACUCCUUUCCAAGUAAAAACACCUGUGAACAUGUUUGCAGCUAAGAAGAAGAAAAGGAAGAGGCAUCAUCAAUUUCGAGGACAAGGAGAGGUGCUUAAACUAACGAUGAAGGAAUACAAUCUCCGCUCUCGGUCUCCCUACUUGCACUUGCCUGUAGAUUAUUGUGUUGCAGCUGGGCUGGCCAUGAACUCAAGGUUGACUCUUAGAGGUCCUUAUGGUGAUCAAGGUGUGUCCCUAAGAGUCUGCACUGGUGGCAACACAAAAUACUCGGUGAUUACGAGAGGGUGGCCAGAAUUCAUUGCCACAAACAAUCUGAAAGUUGGGGAUGUUUGCAUUUUCAAACGCCUUGACAUAGGAACAUCUGAUGCCAUUGUAUUAGAUGUUGAAUUUGGCAAUCAGGGAUGAUAAACUGGAGCAAGCACUUAUCUCUCUUACCUUGUAAAACAACUUCCCUAUUUGGAGUUAUUAUGUGUAAACUAGCUACCUACUGUUGACAUUGGAGAGCCAAAAAUGCAAAACAUUGUCUACCGUUAAUACACGAUUGGUCAUUGGUCUAGCAUUUUGGUUCUCUAGUGCCAAAAUACCUAUUAGUCAUCUUUCCACAAAUUGAUCUUAUUAUUUCAAUCCAAAUUUAGUAUUAGGUUCAACCUUGCAUCCACACAGGCAUUUUUUUCUGAUCUUAGAAUUAGUAAAUUUGUAGGUGACUUGUAACAAUGCUUAGAGUGGCC